AAACGUACGUCGGGCGCUCGGAACAUUAGACGAUCGAGAGAAUCGCAACGCGUGGGUAGAAGAGGGCGAGUGCAGUGUGCAGUGCGUGCGGAUCGUGUGUCGCUGAAAGCUCGCGCCGCGAAGCCUCCGAGAGCGGCGGGACCGCGCGAGCGCCCGCCUCGCGUCAGUGCCGGCCCGGCCGCGCCGCAAGCAUCACGCUCCGACAUCUAACUGUUGACUAACUACCCUUGCUCAGUGACAACACUCACACAUACUAGACACCUUUGUAUUAUUAUCCUGUCGAUCAUCAAGUGGAAACGAACAUUAUUUUUAUUUGAACGAGAGACGGGAGGCGGCAGAUGGAUCAGCGGCGCGCGGCAGGGGCGCUGCUCGCGCUCACCGCUUGCAUCGCAUGCACGGCUGCGGCUCCAACGGCUAGUAAUCAAACGGGAUUAGAUUUAUAUGAUGGUGCUGCAACAGAAGGGUGUUACUACAACUUCCAACAUUAUGGUGAAGGCGAUAGGAUUAUGACCAAUGAACCAUGCCUCAACUGCACCUGUCACAAUCGGAUGCUUAUGUGCUACCUGAGAGUGUGCCCCUUCACUAAGCCUAUAGGUCAGGACUGCACAGUUGAGAAAAGGGCAGACCAGUGUUGUCCCAUUGUUACUUGUCCUGACGUUCCAGUUGACCUACUCACAUCAACGUCUACCUCGUCUCCAGCUGAAUAUGGAGCAACUGGACUGGGCAAAUUGGAUAAAUAUGGUUGCAGCAUCAAUGGCAGAUAUUUCCCAGAGGGUUCUAAAGUGCCUCCAACUCCGAACAAGCCAUGCGAACAUUGUUAUUGCAUUCGAAAUAUGACGACUUGCGUUAUGCAAGAAUGUACACUCCAUGUAGAUGGCUGUACACCCAUUUACCAUAAAGAUGUCUGCUGCCCUGUACGAUACUCUUGUGAUCACCCAGAGGAUGAAGUUCCUCUUUUGGAUGACUUGAGCACUACAGUACGACCAACGCCAGGUUUCUUAUUAACUACCACAACUGUUGCACCAGUAACGCAAAUAACACAAGACUGUAUUCACGAUGAUCAAAUUUUCCCUGAUGGCACAUCCAUAAAAACGGAAAAGGCUUGUGAGCAUUGUUACUGUAUGAAAGGUGACAUCGUAUGUGUUGUACAAGAAUGUGGAACACCAAUGGAGAAUGAGGGCAAAAACUGUACUUCUCAGCCACCUCGUGAAGGUCAAUGUUGUCCAGAUACAUACAUAUGCGAAGGUGAUGAACCAGUUACGGAAAUUUCAUCUGAUCUGACUACACAAACAGUGUUAGAGGAGUUGACUACCUUGUCACCGCCUAGAAGAGUUAGUGAUGAAGGUAGUGGGUACAAAGAUGAACAAGAUGAAGAGGUCAAAAUUGAAAAACCAGAAGAAGAAUCUGAAACUGGAAGCGGUGAUAGUGAACAAGUAAUAUUAGAAUCAUCAGAUGAGGAUAAAAAACAAACUGUAGCUAAUAUAUCUCCAACUACAGAAAAUAUACACGAAACAGAUUAUGUUUCCACAACUUUAUCUUCUAUAGAAAUUGAAAAAGAAACUACAGAAACAGAUAAAGAGUUUAAUACUGUUCCUGCUGACGUAGAAACAUCAAAACCAGAAGAAGAGUUCACGUCUUUAUUAGAUAAAGAACAUGAAAGUCCUACACAUACAACUGAACCUGCAUAUAGAAAAGAAGACGAAGAAUCAUCUGAAAUUUUCUUGCAAAAUAAAGAUAAAGAGACUAGCACAUCAGAAUCCACUGAAAAAACAAUGGUCUUCGAUGAAACGCCAGAAAAAGAGACCACAUUAAUAGGCACAACAGAAACUCCUUCUAGAAUAAAUGCGGUAACGACUAAAAUAGAAGACGUAAACAUAUUAUCAACUUCAGCAACUAGACCAUCUGACAUUAUUGACUCUACGGAAGACAACUUUAGGACUACUGAAACUCAAGAGACAAUAAUGUCUGAAACACCUGUAUACACAAUUCCAGCUGAUAUUUAUCAACCAGACAAAGAAAGUACUGAAGAAUCACUAUCUCAUAAGUUAACAACUGAAUCACCUAUAGAAAUAUCUACACCAAUAUCUAAAAUUACAAAAGAAGCAAUUGGAACAACUGAAUCCUUGACAGAGAUUUCCAUAACGGAUAUAACUAAAGCUACCAAAGAGCCAGAUUUUACGGAACAUGUAGAAUUAACAACAUCAUUACCUGUAGAGACCGCAGUCAUUGAUAGCAACAAAUCUCCUGAAGAAACUAGCUUAACAAGUGAGGAAGAUAAAGAUAAAACCGGUUCACCUGUAGAAACAACAGCACCUUAUGAUAGUGAAUUUACAAAAGAAAGUAUUGGAUCUACUAUUGGUCAAGAAAUAACAACGGUAUCAAUUCCUGAAUCUAGUAUAGAUUCGAUAAGUGAGCAUUCUAAGGAGACUGCAGAAACGGUUCUAGUUCAAGAUGUGACGACGCCAACUGUCAUUAGUGAGUUAGAAAAAGAAUCUACUCGUACUACUAAUGUAUUAGGUGAGGAGUUCACAACACUUGCUCCAAAUAAAAAUGACUUUGCUACAAUUGAUACUCAAGAAAAUGAAAUUGGUGAUUUUACUUCACAAAGUCCUGGUAGAAUACCAGGUGAAGGUGAUUGUUUAUUGGACGGUAUUACGUAUAGAAAUGAAAGUGUAGUACCUAGUACCAAUAAAUGUCAAACAGAAUGUAAAUGUGUCAGUAGUAUUAUUAAAUGUGAUCCAAUAAUCUGUAGCUAUCCACCUGAAUAUAUGAACAGUUGUGUUCCUACUUACGAUUCUCCAGAUGCUUGCUGUCCAACAUAUAUAUGCGAUGAAUCUCACGAGACUAUUCUUCCCCAAGCACAUAGUCAAAUGUCAGGAACAGAAAGUCCACUUACUACGCCUACAACAGAAUGUCGUGGUGAUCAGUGUGACUUACAGAAGGAACAAAAACCGCAUGUUACACCUAUUUCUACAGAAAAUUGUAUUAACGGUGAUUGUAAUUUACAAACGACUUCAUCUAUUUCCAUAUGUGAAGGUGAAAAUUGCAAAGAAAGACCUUCAGAAGUGCAGAAACCGUGUGACGGUGAAAACUGUAAAACUAGUCCAACUCUACCUUGUAGCAAUGGUGAAAAAUGCGAAGAAAUCACUCCAGAAGUUCAGAAACCUUGUGAUGGUGAAAAUUGUGAAGUCAGUCCAACACAACUUUGUGGAGAUGGAGAAAAAUGCAAGGAAACUGCUCCCGAAAUUCAAAAACCAUGUGAGGGUGAAGACUGCAAAAUUAGCCCGACACAAUCUUGUGGCGAUGGAGAAAAAUGUGAAGAAACUUCCCCUGAAAUUCAGAAACCCUGUAACGGUGAAAAUUGUGAAGUCAGCCAAACACAACUUUGUGAAGAUGGAGAAAAAUGCAAGGAAACUGCUCCCGAAAUUCAAAAACCAUGUGAGGGUGAAAAUUGCAAAACUGGUCCAACCCAAGCUUGUAGUGAUGGAGAAAUAUGUAAUGAAAUUGUCCCGGAACUUCAGAAACCCUGUGAAGGUGAAAAAUGUAAAAUUAGUCCUACUCAACUUUGUAACAAUGGAGAGAAAUGUGAGGAAAUUUCUCCAGAAACUAAACAACCUUGUGAAGGUGAAAACUGCAAAAUUAGUUCAACUCAAACUUGUGGUGACGGAGAAGAAUGUGAAGAAACUUUACCAGAAAUACAAAAACCAUGUGAAGGUGAAAGCUGCAAGGUCGUUCCGACUCAAAUUUGUCAGAGUGGAGAAACUUGCGACGAAACUGCUUCAGACGUUCAAAAACCAUGUGAAGGUGAAAACUGUAAAAUUAGUCCAAUACCUUGUGGUGAUGGAGAAAAAUGUGAACAAACUACCCCAGAACUUCAGAAACCCUGUGAAGGUGAAAAUUGUAAAGUUAGACCUACUCAAAUUUGUAGCGAUGGUGAAAAAUGUGAAGAAAUUACUCCAGAAAUUAAAGAACCUUGCGAAGGUGAGAACUGUAAAAUUCAACCUUGUGCGGAUGGAGAAAAAUGCGAUGAAAGUACUUCUGAAACGUCUAAACCCUGUAAUGAUGAUACAUGCUCAGUAUCACAAGAUAAUUGUAAUAAUAAUGACUGUGGUGUACCUUCACUGGAUCAAGAGCAACAACCUUGCCAAGGUGAUGAUUGUCAAAAAACAGAACAGGAAAAUGUUGAGGAUUGUACUGAAGAGUCAUGUAAAAAGAAAAUCAUUCCAGGUACUGAAAGUAAAUUGCAACCUGAAUGCACUAGUUCUGAAUGUGAUCAACAAAAACCAGUUUCAUCUGAACAACCAGAAUUAGAAACUAUGACUACAAUAUCUGAUAAAGACGUGUCUCAAUCCAUAUCAGACAUUCCAUCAGUAGAAACAGAAUUGGAUUCGACUAAAUAUACUUCUGAAUUGCCUAGUUCCUCAGAUGUUGAUGAAAUUGAAAAACCUAAAUCAACAACAGAAAAUAUUCUAAGAGUACCAGACAUCACAACUACUUUACCGGAACUAGAUUCUCACAAGGCUGAAUCUCCUGAAAUUGAUAUGAAAGAAAAACAAGAUAUACCGCUUACAACAGAAGCGGAACUCUCUGAAGCACAAGACAGAAUAACAAAACCACAAGAUGAAAGUAUAUCAACAGCUAAACCAGAUGAAAUAGCAGAUAAAGCUACAAGUAUAACAGAAGUAGGAAUAUCAGAACAAAGUACUGAAUCAUCUGUUGUAACUGAAAUACAAGAUGAAAAAACAGAUAGUAUAGAAGAAUCUAAAUAUACAACUCUAUCUAGCUUGAGUGAAUCAGAAGAAAUAGCUUUAGCAACAAAAAUACCAGAAAGUGACGAACAAAUUACUGUAAAAUCUCAAGAAUUUACAGAAUCAUCAAUUACAGUUAAAGAUGAAGAAACAAGAAAAUCCACCAUUCCCACAGUCGAAGAAGCAGUAACUCAAUAUCCUGGAAUAUACACAGAAGAUAAUAUGGAGCAUGAAUCUCCUGUAACUACACCAGAAAACGUUGAAAAAGUUACAGAAAAAGAGAUUGUUACUGAAAAGCCACAUCGUAUUAUAACAGAAAAACCAGGACAAGAACCUACUGAAUCUUUGAUUACUGAUACAACAAGAUUAUCCAAUAUUCCAGUUACAGAAACAAGCGAGUUAGUUCCUGAGAUAUCAGAAACAACUAUAGAACAAUCGCAAACAGAAACAACGCUUUUUGACAAAGAUAUAGAAGAAAAACCUAAAGAAAAAGAACCGACUGAAACGUCUCCAAAACCAGAUAAGGAAAUUACUGAAACAGAAGCAACUAUUGCUGAGGUAGAUAUAACUAAACAAGAAAUUGAAGUAACUACUCAAACGUCACCUAAAGAUUCGGUCAUUGUUACCUCAGAGUCUUCUAAAAUGGAAGAUGAGUACGUAACAUUAAGUGUAAUUACUAAAAAACCUGAUGCUAGUGAAAUACCUCAAACUGAAGUUACAAUUUUGCAUGCAACAGAGACUGAGUCAUCACAUUUGCCUGACACUUACGGUCAAAAUACAGAGACACCAGAAAUUGAAAAAUUACACGAGGAUAAAUUUACAACAGCUGAUGAAAUUUCUGUUCAAACUACAGUAAGACCUACUGAAAAGGAACCUGUAGGUGAACAAAUUACAUAUUUAACUACCGCAGCAUCGGAAACACCACUAGAUAGUAUCGACAAAUUAACUACAAUAUCAAUAACAGAGGAUAAAUCUAAGAUUAAGCCAUCAGAAAGACCAAUGGAUGAUAUAUUCACAGAGAUUCCAGAAAUCGAUACAGAAGAACCAAGUGUAAUUAAAAUGGAUGAAAUACCUGUAACUGGAACUAAUAACGGUACUAUUGAUUUAGAGUCUCCUGAUUACAUACCUGUUUAUCCAUCUACAGUAAGUGUAGAAACCGAAAAAUAUCCUGACAGUGAGUCAUCAGUUACUGAAAUAACGGAUAUAAUAGAAGAGCCACAAAAACCAGAAGUAGAAAUUCAACAAAUGCCUGAUUUUAUUUCUCCUACUUCAGAAAUACCUGGUUAUGAAACAUCAGAAAUCACCACAAUUAAAGCACAUACCCUAGAACAUGAAACCGUAACUUCAGACUUAGAAGGAAGUACCACUAGACCCGAUAAAAUGGCUACAGAAAAAGAUAGUUACACCAAAUUACCAGAAACAGAUAUUAGUGAAGAGAUAAUUACAAAAGUACCAAUAUCUGAUAUUACUCCUCCUGCUGAAACUGAUAUUAGUGAUAUCAAAGAUGAAAACACCAGUUAUUCUACGACUGAAGAAGGACAAAUUUUAGAUGAAGAGAAAGAAAAAGUUACGAAGUUACCAGAAACUCUUCCAACUGAACAAGAAGGUACUACAAAAUUACCAGAUUCGCUUGAUCAUCAAUAUAAAGAACCGUCAUUGUUUGACAAAGAUCAACAAACAGUUACUACAAUAGAACAUAUACCCGUUACUGAAAUCCCGGUAUCAGAAUUUGACAAAGUAAGUACAGAACCACCGGAAUCACUAUCUACUCAGUUACAUGACUUAAGUACAGUACCAGAAAAAAUAACAACUUCUAAAGAACAGAAACUAGUCACAGAUUUACCUCAAGAAUUUACUAUGUCUGAGGUUAUAACUUCUGUUCCAAUCGAGUCAGUAGAACCAAGUACUACAAUACAACCAAGUUACAUAGAAGGACAAAAUAUAUUUGAUGACUCAAAGCCUGAAAUUUCUAAGGAAACUGAAAUACCACAAUCUCAUGUAAAAGAAACCGAAGAACGUACAACGCAAUCACCUUUACUUAAAGAACCAGAAGUUGACCACAUUAUUGAAAAAGAAACUAUCCAGCCAAUACCAAUAGCUACCACAGAAAGAUCUGAGACAUCUGAAUCAGAAUCAGAAGUUGCUAGUCCAGAACAUGCAGCAACUGAGAAACCUAAAAUCGAAGACGAUAUGACUAAAACACCAGUUCAAAUAUCGGAAACUGACACAACCCCAGAUAUAGUUGAAUUAGUAGAACAUACUGAACCUAUAUUAGAAAUAUCAACUAAGUCUCCAUUAGAAGAAAAGCUUACAGAAUCACCAGAAAAAUCUACAACAGAACGUCUAGAUGUCCAGAAUAUCGAUGAAAAGUACACAAUAAAGGAAGAACUUACAUCUGAAAACCCACAGAAAUAUGAUUUUGAGCCCGAACCUGAAAAAGAUCUUACUACUGAAACAUCAAUACCACUCGAAAUCGGUACUGAACAGAAACUUGACGUUGAAAUUGAGCAUACAACUAUCUCUGAAGAAUUAUUACAGGAAACGCCAACAAGCCGUCCAUUACCUCAACAAACUGAACUUGAACAAAAACUAGAGGAUGAAACAUCAUCUCCAUUUACAUUUAAUACAGAAUCAGAGCACGUACCUAGUGAAAAAGUAACCACUGAACCAUCAAAAAUAUUUGAAGAUGAACACAAAUCAACUCAAGCUGUUGAAAUUUUGACUGAAGAAGUGUUCCCAGAUAAAAUACAUGAAGCAGGACCAUCAACAGAUAAUUUACCCGAAAAAAUUCCCGAUACUACUACAUUGCCUGUACAGUUUACACAUGAAAUUUCAUCUAUAUCUGUAUCAACUGAACAAUCACAAGAUGAAAUUUAUACUACAAGUUUGCCUGUUGAACACUUAUCAAGUGAAGUUUCAACUCCAAUUGAACACUCAAUAGAUGAACUUUCAACUCCUGGUGAGGAAAUGCCAGACAAAAUAGCUCCAGGCGACGAGGCAGAUAAAAUAACAACAAUAAGCCCAUUACUUGAACAUCAGCAAACUUCGACUAUACAUUCUUCAGCAGAGUAUACUCCUACUGAAAUAUCAUCACUGCCCCCAUCAAUUGAUAAUAUAUCACAUGAAACUAAAUUACCUCAUCAUGAAGAUUUUACUUCUACAACUGAAUUAUCUGAAUAUUCACCGGUAACAAUACAACCAUCGGAUCGAAAGCCAGAUGAAACAUUAUCUACAAAUCUACCACUGGAGGAAUUAUCUCACGACAGCUCAACCACAUAUCCACUAUCACAAAAAACAGAAGUUGAAUUAAAGCCCAUAGAAGAAUCAACGAGUCCGAUUCCUGAUAUCGGAGAAAUUGAACCACACAAAGUGCCUGGUGAUAUUUCAUCAACAGUUGAAACAUAUACAACUGAAAAACAAGAAUAUGAAGAUACAUCUCAUAAAAUACCUACGAAUGUUAGUCCAGAUGGACUGGAAACAGAACAUGAUAAGGAAUCAACAGAGAUAUUGGGAACUACCCAUCCAGAUAUUCAUAAACUGAAACCAAUGGAAAAUGAAACUAUUAUUGAGCCUUCAAGUACAGAUAUAUAUUCAGGUACAACUAUCGCCGAAUAUGUAACAGACAAGACAACUUCACCUUCAAUGGCUGUUGAAGAAAGUACAUCCUCAACUGCAUCUGAGGUUCCUGUGAUUCAAGAAGAUAUUAAAAAAGAAGACGAAGUUGCAUUAGGCAUCACAUCAUCUCCCAUAUAUCCAACCAAAGAAGAACCAACUACUCUAUUAAUUUCUGACAAAUUGUCUACUGCGAUACCCGUAGGUGAUAUUGAUUUAGGUACAGACAAACCUAUUGAAUUUGAUCAUGCUCACGAUGUGACUGAAGCUGAUGGCGAAUUCUUACCUGCAUCAACAAAAACGUCAACGCCUAGGACAGAAGAAAUACCAUCAACAGAAUCUAAUCUCUUUGAUAAAACCACUAAAACUGAAGACAAACUUAGUGAAGUACCAGCUGAAACAACCGUUCAACCAGAAAUCCCGAAACCAGGAAUUAACGAAAUACCUAUUACGGACGAAGUUCCUGAGCCAGAAGAUCAUGAAGACCACGAAGUUCCAAGCGCUGGUGGAGGUUAUGGAUCCGAUUACGCUGAUGAUGAUCAACCAUUCGGACCGGGCACUUGUCGUUACGGAGGAAAAGUCUAUGUUUCUGCACAACAAAUACCUAGGGAUGAUCCAUGUGAUUUCUGCUUCUGUUUCAGAAGUGAUAUUAUUUGUUUACAACAAAGUUGUCCGCCUCCUAUACACGGCUGUCACGAGGAACCGAUACAAGGAUUCUGUUGUCCAAGAUACGAGUGUCCAGUAUCUAUGGCCACUGCUCUUAAUGUCACUACAACAACAACGACGACGACGACAACAUUGCCGCCACAUUUCUUGCCCCAUGCUUACAAAGGCGCAGCAUAUAAAAGAGGCUGUCAAAUCAAAGGACACUCAUACAAAGUCGGCGAGGUGGUACGCGCGUCAUCAGGACCAUGUUUACAUUGCACAUGUGGAGGUGACGGCCAGAUGAAAUGCGACCCUAAGGCAUGUACGCCAGAGCCAAUGCUAAGACAAAUGAUAGCAGCCGCCGUGUCCGCCAAGAGGCGGAGGUGAAAUACCUUCGGUCUGUCGCCAGAUUUCACGAAUAUAUCAUCACAAGGAUUACAUGUUUACAUGAUUACAUGAUUACAUGUUACAUGAUUACAUCACCUAUGUGAUAAAAAUUCCAUCUACUCUUCAAUGCACAAUAAUAAUGCUCAAAUCCCGAUGGAAUAGUUUAAGAUUUCGUGUCAUAUAUAAUAAUUAUUUUACUUUUUAUAAAGUGUCGUGGCACAACUCAAUAUUAAAGAAACAAUCAUGACUGUGAUCAAACUGUUAAAUUUAAAUAAUAAUUUUCUGAAUCUGAUUUUUUUUACAAAUGUUUCUUCAAGUCUUGAAUUAAGACUAAUUUAUUAUUAUUUAUGUUUUUAAACAAGUCAGUGCCAAACGAUAGUGCUAAGUUGUAAACGACUAGGUACGCCUGUAUUACAUUAGGCAUUCGAUGGAUUGUUAUAUGUUUCAUAAAACAUUUCGUAAUGACCAAAGCGAAGCGAAGCUAACAAAAUAUCACAGGUAUAUAAAUAAAUAAUUAUAUUAUUCUUUAACUUAUACUUCAAGCUUCGUUGGUCAGUAGAUCGCCGAAAUCUUGACCAUUUUACAAGUAAACUUGUUUUACCGAUAAUAAUUUUAGUCAAUUUCUUUGUUUUUACACGAUGUUACAAUAAGCGAUCUAGUAUCGUGUAAAUAUGAAGUAACAUAAGAAUUCCUGAUGUUGUAAAUGCCUUACUUAAUUUGUAAUAAUUUAUAUAUUUUAGGUGUAUAGUACUUAAGCCAUGUUUUGAGACCAGUGACUAUUAUAAUUUAGAAGUAAAUGAAGGCCCAUUACAAUACUAGAAAAGUAUCGGCCGACGCAUAGUGCGUAGUUUAAGCCUUGGCCGACACUUUUCCUAUAUUCACGUCUUACGGAAAACGAUUGUUUUAUCUUGUUUUCCCUAAUUCGAGAAAUACUUUCAAUUUUUGCUAGCACUUAUUUAGUGACAAUGAUCAAUGUUUUGUAAAAACCUUUUGUAAUGUGAAAGUAACGAUACUGAAUAUAAUGUAGGCUCUUUUGUAACUUUUGAUAUUAAAGUGCUAGUAGGUAUAAUUAUCAAAAAGCAGAUUGAGAUAGGUACGGAAGCCUCACUAUAGACUUUUGCAAUCGUUUGUCAUUAUGGAUAAGGUACGUGAAUUAAAACGGUAGCAUUAAUUCGUACCAAUCUCCGUCUGUGCACACUGGUUAUAGUUAUUUUUUCAUUUAAUUUAUUUAAAGUUGUAGCAAUAAUAAUAAAAUUAAGUGAUGGUAGUAAACAUCCUGCUACUUAUUUCAAAAAAAUACAGUUUCAAUAAGGAAUGAAUCUAAUUUUAUUUGUUUAAUUAUAUUUUACCGAGUCUAGCUAUCGUCUAGCUGUCUGUGAAAAUGAUUUCUAAAUAAAAUAUUUCAAAUGAACCGUAAA